GCUCUGCCGGUUGCGGCUCAAGGACCAUGACUCUGCUACCCCAGCGUCCCGCACCUGGAGGCCACUCGGCAGCGUCACCCCGGUGCCCUGCACCCCGGGACCCCGCAGAAGUGCUGUCCUGCUCCCCCCCAGCAGCACCGCCCUAGUGCCUUGCACGCCCGGGCCUCCCAGCAGCACCAUUCCAGAGCCCCCUGGGACUCCUGCCCUGGGGCCCAGCACCUUGGAGACCCCCAAGAGUCCCACCCUCAUGCCUGGUGCCCCAGAGCCUCCCAGCAGCAUCAGCUUGGAGCCUCCUGAUAGUUUCACUCCAGGGCCCAGCGACCCAGAGACUGCUGGCAGCACGGUGCCAGCCCCCCUGUGCAGGCCCAGCACUCCAGAGACCCCCAAGAGUGCUGUGCCAGCCCCUGUGUGCAGCCCCAUCCCAGGGCCCAGCACUCCAGAGCCCCCCAGCAGCCCUGAGCCAGCCCCCCUCUGCAGCCCCAUCCAGGCCUUGUGCACCCCAGAGCCCCCUGGCAGCACAGCCCCCCUACCCUGCUGCAGCCCAGGAAGCCCAGGCAUCAUCAGCUCAGUGCUUUGCACCCCAAACUCCUUGGCCAGUAGCACCCUAGCACCCUGCACCCCCAAGACCCUUGGCAGUGCCAGCCCAACCUCCUGCACCCCAGGUCCCCCUGGCACCAGCUCCACCCCGCAGGAAGCUCCCUUCCAUGGCUGGCGAGCGGUGCAAGCCAACCUCUCCUCCAGCCCCAUUGUCUCUGAGCCACCUUCUGGAGAUGGGAGUGUGGAACCCUCACCUUGCCAAGACACCCCUGAGUCCCCAGCCCCUGCCCUCCCAGACCAGGGCACCCCAGGACCCCAUCCCACAGAGGCAGGUAGUUUGGAGCCUGCCAGGUCAGAGGCAGUAGCCACUCCCUCACCUGAGGUGGCCCAAAGUGCCAUAUCUUGGGUGUUGCCACUGGUGUGGCUGGAGAAGAGCCUCAACACUUCAUCCCUGCUGGAGUCCCUGCGGCACAGCCUGCCCCUGCCUGGCACCAGUGUCACCCCCGUGCCCACCGCAGUGGCUGGCACCAGUGUCACCCCCGUGCCCACCACGGUGGCUGGCACCAGUGUCACCCCCGUGCCCACCACGGUGGCUGGCACCUUCAUGACCCCUCGGGACCUGCGGGAGAGGAGCACAAACACGUCUGCAGUGGGUGGCCCCUUUUGCGCCAAGGACAAGGCUGCCGAAACAGACUCCUUGCUCUGGCACUGUCCCCGGGAGCAGCUGAAGUCCCUGACACGGGCAGAGCUGGAGGGGAGGCUGGAGAGCACCCUCAUCAUCAUCGAAGCCCUCUCGCUCCAGCUACGUGACUGGCAGGAGAGCCAGCGGCUGCUGCCCGGCGUGGGGCCGGCCGAGCAGCGGGACGUGCUCACACAGACAGAUGUCACCCACCCCACGGGGAGUGACUGGAGCAGCCAGUGCCUCCAGUUUUGGGACCUUGCGGAUGCCUCAUUUCAGAAGUUGCAGGAUAAUCAGGGAGCCCUUGACCAGGAGCGGGAGCAGGUGAGGGCCCUGGUGUCCCGGUGCCAGGCCGUGCUGCAGAGAGUGCCAGGGAAGCUGCGGAGCUGCCUGGAGGAGCGGGAUGCCAUGAGGCAGCGAGCGGACGAAGCCCUCCGAGCCAAGGAGGAGAGUGAUCACUUCCUGGAGGCUUUCCGUGCCCAUGCCAGUGCCCAGAUCAGUGCCCGUGAGCAGAGCCUGGCCUCCCAGCAGGAGCUGGGCACACUGCUGGCAGACACCAUCGACCAGCAGGUGUCCCUGUCUGUCGAGACUCAGCAUUUCCGGGAAUACAUGGACCUCACCUUUGAAAAACUGGAGGAGGAAAGGGCAGCCCUGGAUACGGAGCGGGAGCAGGUGAGGGCCCUGGUGUCCCGGUGCCGGGCCAUGCUGGAAAGUGUCCCCAGCAAGCUGCGGAGCUGCCUGGAGGAGCGGGAUGCCAUGAGGCAGCAGGCGGAUGAAGCUCUUCAAGCUGAGGAGGAGGCAACCUCCCAGCUGAAAGAGACCUCGGUGGUCCUGGAGGAUAAGGUGGCUCAGCUGGAGCAGCUGACAGUGGCCAAUUCUCGGCUCAGUGCAGACCUGAGCUCCCUGGUGACAAAUCUGGCCAGCCUGGAGCAGGAGCGGGAUGCGCUGCAGCAGGAGAACGAGAAGCAGUGGGAGGAGAUGGCCCGGCUGGCGCGGGAGAGAGAGUCCCUGCAGCGGGAGUGCAACGGGCUGUGCCAGGAGCUGCGGGAGGCAACCGAGUGCCGGGAGUUCCUCGACCAGGAGAACAGCAUGUCCCGCAUGCAGCUGCUGGAGGUGGAGGCCAGGCUGAAGUCCACACUGGCCACUCUGCAGGAGCUCAACCAGCAGUACCAGGAGCUGAUGGACUCCCACCAGCACCUGCGGGAAGAGCAGGCUGCUCUCAGCCAGGAGCUGGAGACCACCAAGGCUGAGCUCCUCGACUUGAAACUCAAGAGGGAGAAAGUCUCUUGGUGCUCCACAGACAUUGCUGAGAGCAAGAUGAGGCUGCAGGAGCUUGCUGACUGCCUCAGGGCUGCUUUGCAGGAGGAGGACGACGAUGCUCCAUCAAGAAGCAAAGCCUGGACCCCAGCUCCAAGGACGCCGGGCUGGCGGACGCCGGGCUGGCAGACCCCCCGCCGUGCCUGGACCCCCGCCUGCCGCACCCCGGCACCCCGCACCCCCCACUGCCCCGGCAGCUCCUUCGUGGGCAGCGUCCUGAAAGCUGUGUCAGGGAAAGAUGCUGAUGGAGCUGCUGGAGGUGGGAGUGCAUUUAUCAAGGACAAACCUGCCUCUACACCAAAGCCAACAGAGCCUGAGGAUGGUCUGCUGGAGAGCGUGAAGGAGCUGAGAGCCGUGGUCUCUGACCUUGCCAUGCUGAGCACCUGCAUCGAGGACCUGGAGCAGAGCGAGUUCAAGGCGCUUCAGACAGAGAUCUCCAACCUGCAGCUCCAUCUGAAGACGGUGACAGCUGACAGCGAGGAGAAGAUGGAUGCCCAGGCUGCCACCAUUGCCAAGCUGAAAAAGGCACUGAGGGGCAAGCUAGAGAACGAGAAGGAGCUGCAGGACGUGGUGAAACAGCAGGAAGCAAAGAUGCUGCAACUGAUCGACAAGAGUGGGGAAGUCACGAGGCUGAAGGGAGAGGUCUCCCAGCUGAAGCGCUCACUCCAGCAUGCAGAGACAGAGGCCAAGGUGCUGUGGGAGGAGAUGCGGGGGCAGCAGCCCAAGGCAGACACUACCUACAUCCAGGAGAGACUCCUGCUGCGGCAGGAGGUGGACAAACUGCGACUGCUGCUCCUGGAGAAAGAGGAUGAGAAUCUGCUGCUCUCCAACAAGUACCUGGAGCAGGUCCAAGGGCUGGAACAGAGGCUCCAUCAUGCCCAGAAAGUGCUGAGAACCCACGAGGAGAUGGAGGAGAAGAUGAAAGAGGUCCUCUUGUCUAUCCCUGAGGCAGUGAGCUGCCAGGAGCUCCACAGCCUGCUGCAGUACUUCGGUCUGAAGUCAGACAGUGGCAACAAGGAAGCUGCUGAGCUGCUAUAGCCUGUAGCAUGAAACCUUCCUGGUCCUAAUGCUGUAAUUAUUUACUGAAUAAAGUUUA